AUGUGUGCUCGGGACCUGAUACCUGGGCAGUUUUCUCGUCCAACUGGCAGCCAACUAUCGUCUUAUGCUGGUUGCCACACACAAGUCGAAACUCCCGAGGAACGCGUACGGCGUAUAUGGCGGAACGCUGACGCUGUCGCCUUCGAUGUCGACUCGACUGUCUGCCAGAACCAAGCACUCGAUGACUUAGCCGACCACCUAGGAGUAGGUGAGGCCGUGGCGGAAAUCACGAAAAAAGCCAUGAAUGGGAACACUCGAUUUCGGUGA